AUCUAUCACGUGUCAGCCGUCUCCACCAAUCAACAAUGACGUUACAAAAGCGAGAAGGUCAUCUUAUAGUUCAUAGUUAUGGCGCGGAGCUAGCAUCCAAACAAGGUAAUUUCUACGACGAAUGAAAGACGAAAACAUGGGGUCUAAGCUGAAGAUGGGACAGACUGGUCCACCACCGAUGAAGUCGGAUCGAAUUUACAUCAAUCCGGGGGAGGAGGAUCAAAUGGAAAUCUCCGGGUUUAGGCCCCAUACACUGAAGACAGCUGUCGUGUGGUUCUUCAUCAUCAUCACGGUCGGGCUGCUGCGACUCUUCUUCUACUGGCUGCCACAUCUGUUUAUAAAGGCCACCCACUCCAGGUGCUCACUGGCCGAGGCUACAACAGUGUUACUGAAGGAUCAGUGGAGGGAAUGGUUCAAGUCAAACAUCUGCAUCAUGAUUACCAGAGAUGGAGCACAACCUGAUCCAAAGGCACCAGACAAGGCUAUAUCAUACAACACCUCACAUCAGGAAUCAAAUCUACAAGCUACACGUGAUGAGAACAAGAUUCGCUAUUUCAUCUCGAAGAAGGUUAAAUACAUCUGGGACCCAGAACGUGAUGAGUUCAUCCGACUCAAGGGUCUGGAGAAAGAUAACCCAUGCUCCUACUUCUACCAGUUGAAGGGGCUCUCCUACGAGGACCAACAAAGACGACAUGGCCUGUAUGGCCUCAAUUCAAUCCGAGUUCAUGUGACGCCUAUAAUCCAAAUAUUCUUCCGAGAGGUUCUUUCUCCAUUCUAUGUCUUCCAAGUGUUCAGUAUGUGUGUGUGGUACGCUGAUGCCUACGAGCUGUACGCCAGCUGCAUCGUCUUCAUCUCCGCUGUCUCCAUCAUCGUCACCAUCUACCAGACAAGAAAGAUGCAGCGAGCAUUACGUAACACCAUCUCAGGGUCCACCAUUGUCACUGUGUGUCGUGGUAAUGAAGAAUACGAUGACAUUUCAUCAGAGGACUUGGUGCCAGGGGAUGUUAUUGAGGUUCCUCGACGUGGCUGUUUUAUGCAGUGUGAUGCUGUACUCAUCAGUGGCAACUGUAUCGUCAAUGAGAGCAUGCUUACAGGCGAGAGCGUACCAAUCACUAAAACACCUCUUCCAAAUCCACAACUUGCCAAAGAUCAGAAAGAAAACAUGUUUGACAUCAAACAACAUUCAAGACAUGUUUUGUUUUGUGGCACACAUGUGAUCCAGACUCGUUUCUAUGGAAACCAGAAGGUGAAGGCUGUUGUAGUCAGAACUGGGUUCAUGACUGCCAAGGGUGAGCUUGUCCGAGCUAUCCUAUACCCCAAACCAGUGGACUUCAAGUUCAACCGUGACACAUACUAUUUUGUGGGUGUCCUGGCCUUUAUAGCAUCACUGGGCUUCAUCUACACCGUUAUCUUAAUGGUCCAGGAUGGGGAGAAAGCGGGGGAUAUUGUUCUCCGAGCACUAGAUCUGAUCACCAUCACCGUCCCCCCUGCUCUCCCGGCUGCCCUCACUGUCGGCAUCGUCUUUGCCCAGCACAGACUCAAGAAGGGAGACAUCUUCUGCAUCAGCCCUCGUGGCAUCAACAUCUGUGGGACCCUCAAUGUUGUCUGCUUUGACAAGACUGGUACUCUGACAGAAGAUGGGAUGAAGAUGCAGAGCGUGGUACCAUCACCCAACAACAGAUUCGAAGAAGAAGUGAGUGACAUGACCAAGCUGAAACACAACCUGCUCAUCUACGGCAUGGCAACGUGCCACUCUCUCACAAUCAUCGAUGGCAUCGUCACAGGGGACCCACUGGAUCUCAUCAUGUUUGAGGCUGUUGACUGGGUGUUGGAGGAGCCGGGUGAGGAGGAGACGAGGUUCGACAUGAUGGUGCCAACUAUUGUACAUCCCCGAACCAGGAACAAUCUCAACUCCAUCCUAGGAGACGACAGUCAGCCAAUGGGAGAGGACAUCGGUGUGGUGAGACAGUUCACCUUCUCCUCCAGCCUGCAGAGAAUGUCGGUCAUCACACGCAACCUGGGUGCCAACAACUUUGACCUGUUUGUGAAGGGAGCGCCCGAGAUGAUCACAAGUCUAUCUAAGGCUGAAACAGUUCCUGCGGACUUCCAGGAGGUGCUGAUGGCGUACACCCAACAUGGCUACAGAGUCAUAGCCCUGGCCUGGAAACCCCUGCCACAGAAACUGAACUACGUCAAGGUACAGCGAAUCAGCAGGGAGCAGGUGGAGAAGGAUCUCAACUUCCUGGGUCUGCUGGUGAUGGAGAACUGCCUGAAGCCAGAGAGUACCCCUGUCAUCCAGACGCUCCGGGAGGCGGCCAUCAGAAACAUCAUGGUCACAGGUAGGUGCAGCCAGACCACCCCUGUCAUCCAGACACUCCGGGAGGCGGCCAUCAGAAACAUCAUGGUCACAGGUAGGUGCAGCCAGACCACCCCUGUCAUCCAGACACUCCGGGAGGCGGCCAUCAGAAACAUCAUGGUCACAGGUGACAACAUGUUGACUGCGCUGAGUGUGGCCCGGGAAUGUUGCAUGGUGGACCGCACUGACAGGAUCAUCUUGGUGCAGGCAUACCCACCACAGGACGGCAAGGCUGGACCGCAAGUGGAGUUUGUUUAUGCAGAUGAGAGGGAGAAGAAAGUUGAGGAGGUUAUGUCAGUUGACGGACAGUACAACAUCCAGAUUGACAUGGACAACCAGCGGUUCCACUUUGCUGUGACUGGCAGGUCAUGGUCGGUCAUCAGGCAGUUCUUCCCGGACAUGCUCGCAAAGAUUGUUGUGAGGGGAACAAUAUUUGCCCGGAUGGGACCAGACCAAAAGGCUCAAUUAGUGGAAUGCCUGCAGACUCUGGGUUACUACGUUGGAAUGUGCGGAGAUGGGGCGAAUGACUGCGGAGCUUUGAAAACAGCGCAUACGGGGAUCUCACUGUCUGAAGCAGAAGCAUCUGUAGCCUCUCCCUUCACAUCAAAGAAGCCCACCAUUGAGUGUGUUCCGACUGUCAUCAGAGAAGGCCGUGCUGCACUGGUGACGUCCUUUGGAAUCUUCAAGUAUAUGGCUUGUUACAGUCUCACCCAGUUUGUGACAGUCUUGCUUCUGUACUGGAUUGGUGCCAAUAUGACAGACCCCGAGUUCCUGUUCAUAGAUCUCUUCACCCUCACCACACUCAGCGUCACAUUUGGGCGAACAGAGGCUUACGCUGAGUUGGUGAAGGAGCCUCCCCCCAUCACCCUCCUUGCCCCAGGCCCCAUCCUAUCUAUCAUCCUGCAGACAGCCAUACAGACUGCCGCCCAGGUUUACUGCUUCCUGGACGUACAGCGACAGCCGUGGUUUCACAAGUUUAUCGACCAUGAUGACGAAGAUUACAUGAGCUAUGAAAACUCGGCCGUGUUCUACAUAUCCUCUUUCCAGUAUAUCACUCUGGCUGUAGCCUUCUCAAAGGGUGCGCCCUUCAGGAAGACCAUCUUCUCCAACUAUUUGUUCCUGAUCAACUUGGUUGUCUGUACUGCUGGUGCAGUCUGGAUCACUGUCUACCCACCCCAGGGGCUAGCUGACCUCAUGGAGGUGAUGACAUUCCCGUCCGUGCCCUACUCGCUGGUGUACUUAGGCAUAGCCAUCAUCAACUUCCUCCUGUCUGUCAUGCUAGAGAUGUUUUUGAUCGACAACACCUCAGUGAGAGAGAAGUGUCGAGAAAAGGUCAAACACUGUCUUCCAUCAUCGCAGUUCAAAUAUGCUGCCAUUGAACAAGAGAUUGCUGAGAAUCCAUCAUGGCCACCAGUCAGUCCAUCAACAGUCAAUCUAGCCUUAGCCUUCCAGAGAUUGGACAGUGCUCACCACGUCCCGAAGGAUCUCAACACGGGCACCGGGAAGGACGUUCUGGAUGAACUCAUUGAAGACUCUGACAUGGAGGCAAAGAGUAUCCAAUCUCUCAGCGGCGGGACCCUCGCUGGACUGGGUCGUACCCAGAAUGCUACAGCAGAGGGUGGGGGUUAUUACACGGAGCAGUUUGAGACACCGCUUCUGAAAUCUGACUCGGAUGUCAGGUUCCGAAAAGGAGAGACCAGUUUAGAUGAUAAUGGCAAAUUCAUAACUGCAUUAUGACAACAGAUUCGUGGGAGUAUGUUUCAUAAAAUGACUUUGUGGGGAGUACUGCUUGGAUAUUCAUGACACAUACUUGUCACAGAAUAGAGAGGGAGUUACCAAUAUGGCAGACCUCUGUCCUGUCAAAAGUACAUCUUACAUCAUAAUUUUUCCAAUUUUGAGGGUGAUUUUUACAUUAUAUUUUGUACUUGUUAACAAUCACACCAUUAAAAAUGGUAUUGUUUCAUCUGUGAUUUUCAACACAAUUAUGAAUUCUUGAAUAUGUAAAUAUUUGUUACAUGAGUUGCUUACAAAGUGGUGUCCCUUUAUUAUUAACAGGCGCUCUGAUUCAUUCAUGAAUGUAAUCUCACCACCAUGGACUACAACGAUGGGGAGGUAUAUCAUUUGUACAUGUAUUGGGUACUGUUAUUAUAUUGUGCCACUGUUUAGCAAGGUUAAAUUUUAGUCUGAGAUAUCCAAUAUAUGAUCAAGCUUCAAAUUGUGAUACUUCAAUCCUCUGUAUUGUUGCAAUCUAUUACUCAACAAAUUGUCUUCCUGAAAAGAUGUAUGUUGAUACUCGGCACCCUUUUAGUUACAUGCCACUGUAUUGUUGACAGCUAACAUUCAACAAAUUGUCUUCCUGAAAAGAAAUGUACUCAGCCAUGGUUCUUCCACAGAUAAACUUUCCAGCCAGGAUGUUAUGGAAAGCAUAAUAUUUUUCGUUCUGAUCAUGACGACAAAUUGACUCAAUUUAUAACAAUAUUAUUUAGGGAAUGGUCAUUAAUUACAGGUAACAUGUUUUCGGGGGUGGAUAGGGUGGUCUGCAAAAUAUGUCCGAAGAUCAAUCUCACCUUGAUUUGUCAGCAUAAUCAUGUACAUUUAUUUAUACUUAGGAUCAACACAAAGGUUGAGCAUAUAAUUGACGUAUUUACAUAGAAUUUUCAGCGAUGCUCCAGUUAAUAUUUUAUUUCUGUCCCAAUGUCACCAGAAUGAAUCCUAUGAUUCUGCCAUUCUCGUUAGAUCAUAAACAAAAAUCCAAAAUGUCAUCUACAAUGCUCCACAACAUGGUGCUUAUUACAUAAAAUGCAUAGUUUGGGGUUAUAGAAAAUUGGUAGCACCGAAACAACAUUGGUGUCACAAGACAAAUUAUGGGACCAACUAUUAUCUGUUUGGGUGGGGGAAUGGUAUAUAUUUAAGAACUGCAGACAUUAUGUGAAUAUGAAAAGGGUAUCUUCAGUUAAAUACAUGGUGCCCAUUUUCUGUAAAGUUUUAGGCUGGAACUGCCAAUUAAUACACAAAUGUGACCUUGAAUGUAUUUUAUUGUAUUAAGUCGGUUUAUUCUGAGGAUUAAAUCUCCAACAGUUAUGUAAUAUAGAUAUCAGUAUGGUACAUAUUCCAGUUUCAUAUCAUAUUAUUACAAUACUGUUGAUUCUCAAGUAAAGCAUUUUAUGAUUAUUUUAUUACACUUUAUUUGAAUCUGAGUUUUAUCAUUCAUUCUUUACAUUUCAAUUACAUAUUUAUUAGUUACUUGUACUUAUUUACCAAGAUCAUAUUUAUUUUAUAUAAUAUUGAUGCAGCUGAUGGCUCACAGAUGCGGAAGCAUAACACUUUUAUUGCAAGUCUAUAUAUGUAUAUAUAUAUACAGAGAUUUAUGUCAAUAAUCACCAUUAGUACCAAAGCAUAUGUGAUGAUUGUAGUGCAGAUUUUUUUUUAACAUUGUCAUUGGUAAUUAAAAGUGAACCUUUGACCUUUUUUUUAGUUAUGGUAACCUUUAAUCCCUGAAAAUAUUACUUACCAAUCAUAAUGUCUUGACAAGUAAAAGAUGUUGGAAUCUACACUUGCUGGACAAACAUGCAUAGUUACAAACAAGACAUUCGGUUUGUAAACAUGGAUUUCAAGGUGCAGAUUUUGGUUGAUUUGCAAAAUGUCUGUUGUUGAUUUACAUGAUGUGCAUGUUUUUUAUAUGAAGGUGCUUCAAUCGAGCUUGGAAAUUCCAGUGUUUGUGCUUCCAGAGCCUAGAUUUUGCUUCCACUGAAAUGACAUUUGUAUUGUAAUAUUUCUGUGGUGCGCAAAUAGAUAAGCAGAUAUUGUUUAUUGAUUAUCCUAAUACUUACACCUCAUUUUCUUUUUCUGGAAGUAGUGUUUGUCUUCAUUAUUUUGGAGGAAACAAUUUGGGUCUGAUUUUUAUAUAUUUGUGUGUGCCUUUGGCCCCACCCAUCUAGAAUAAUAUAUGAUUAGCCGCCUAGCCAAUGUUUGCAACCAGCAUUGAUUAUUUUAGUUUGUAGUGUUUGUCUUGUUACUUUCUGAUUCUGAAGUAUCUCAUCAGAAAUAUGGUAAUCUGAAUAAUUCACGUCUAUCAAGCUGUAACAAUAUAUUCAGGAGCUAGCCAAUUUGCGAUGUCUCUCCAUGUUGAGUGUCAUUAAUAAUGACGUGUAAUUGGUGAUGGGGAUUUGACUACCUGAAUAACAAGCUCAUGUAACAAGUUUCAUGACAAGAGACUUAAAAUUACUAUUAAUAAUUUUUUUAAAGAAAUCCAUCUACUGCAAAUAGUGAAUAGUAAUUCUCAUUUGAAGCAUACUUUACUACUAUUUUAUACCUCUCCAAGAGAUGACAGAAUUGAUUAUGUUUACAGAUCAACUUCCAUGUUUUAGGUUCUCUUCACAGCUAAUUCUGCCUGUCACUCACAGAAUUGUGUUCUAACUAGUGAACAGAUCUUGACUUUGUUACUGUUACCUACUGACCAGCAAAAAUAAAAAUAUGAGAUAUA